UGUGACGUUAGAGCAUUCCACGGUUGCUACAUCGUCGCGAGGGGCAGGGCGCCUGUCAGGGAAGCGGCGCGCGCUGGCGCAGGCGGGCCGGGGUUCCACCGCGCAGUGCCAGCACGAGCACCCGACCCGCACCCCGCGCUUUCCGGCCCGCCGCCUGCGUUCUGGCUCGCGAGCCCGCACUCCGGCCCUUCCCGUGCGCUGCCCAAGUAUGGAGCUGCUGUGCUGUGAGGGCACCCGGCACGCGCCCCGGGCCGGGCCGGACCCGCGGCUGUUGGGGGACCAGCGAGUCCUGCAGAGCUUGCUCCGCCUGGAGGAGCGCUACGUGCCCCGCGCCUCUUACUUCCAGUGCGUGCAGAGGGAGAUCAAGCCGCACAUGCGGAAGAUGCUGGCGUACUGGAUGCUGGAGGUGUGUGAGGAGCAGCGCUGUGAGGAGGAAGUCUUCCCCCUGGCCAUGAACUACCUGGAUCGCUACCUGUCCUGUGUCCCCACCCCCAAGGCGCAGUUGCAGCUCCUGGGGGCGGUGUGCAUGCUGCUAGCCUCCAAGUUGCGGGAGACUACUCCUCUGACCAUCGAAAAAUUGUGCAUCUACACCGACCACGCUGUCUCUCCCCGCCAGAUGCGGGACUGGGAGGUGCUGGUCCUGGGGAAGCUCAAGUGGGACCUGGCUGCCGUGAUUGCCCAUGAUUUCCUGGCCCUGAUUCUGCACCGGCUCUCUCUGCCCAGUGACCGACAGGCCUUGGUCAAAAAGCAUGCUCAGACCUUUUUGGCUCUCUGUGCCACAGAUUAUACCUUUGCCAUGUACCCACCGUCUAUGAUCGCCACAGGCAGCAUUGGGGCCGCAGUGCAAGGCCUGGGUGCCUGCUCCAUAUCCGGAGAUGAGCUCACGGAGCUGCUGGCAGGGAUCACAGGCACUGAAGUGGACUGCCUGCGGGCCUGUCAGGAGCAGAUUGAAGCAGCACUCAGGGAGAGCCUCAGGGAAGCCGCCCAGACCUCCCCCAGCCCAGCACCCAAAGCCCCCAGGGGCUCCAGCAGCCAGGGGCCCAGCCAGACCAGCACUCCCACAGACGUCACAGCCAUCCAUCUGUAGCCCCGGAGAGGCCCCCUCUAGUGGCCACUGACAGCAGAGGAGGGGACACUGCCAUCCCCUCCCUGCCUGCAGGAAUGAAUGACGCUGUAUCCUCCACCCCCCUCCCUUCCUGCAGGAAUGAACGCCGCUGUAUCUGCCACAACUGAUGUCUGAGGGGGCUCCUUCCUAUUUUCCGUUCGCUAAAUAGAGGGGGCAGGCCCUACCUAUUCCUGCAGUGUGCACUAAGCAGCCCGGCCAGCCACGUUGGGUGGCUAGUCAGGCCCCUCCUUCUCCCUGGCUCUGCCCAGCUCAGCUCCUUCCCUGGCCAAGGGUGGGUCAGGCUGGUCAGAGACAAAACUGAAGUAGGUAAAAUAUAUGCAGUAGCAAUCCUUUUUGAGGCCCCUUGAUCUCUGGGGCUUUCAUGUUCUCAACUGCCAAAAUGCCCUGGUGCCUUAUAAAGGUGCUGCACCUUCUUCAGUUAAUGCAUUUGGAUUGGGGUCUUUCUGAAGAAAUUUCUGACAUUGAGGGGACACAGUCUAGACAGGUCUUCUCAACACACUUUGGAGAGCCCUGCAUAAUCCAUGCUCACAGCUGCUCCUAGAGGGAGGAGCCUGGGCCUCUGUCAGAGGUUCAAGAAUCAACCAAUUCCUCCUUGCUUUGCUUUCCACCCAGCUUCUCCUAUGUGAUUGGGGCGGUAGGGGGGGGUGUCAGUGCUGAAGGAAGUUUUAAUUUAUUAAUUUCAUUGAAUACAACUCAAAUUCACCUUGGCUUCUUGGAUUGGAUGGUGGUGUGGGUAAAGCCCUUUUCUAAACUGCAUGAUAUAUAGCAGGCAGAAAUCAAUGGCCUCAUCAAGCCUUCACUGUAAUAGGGCAGAGUGUAAAUAUUUUGGGCUUGUAAGCGUCAGGCUUGCCUGCCCUGCAUAUGGUCAGUUCUACUUUAAUGGAACACAUGCAUUCCCAAAAACCCACACACUAUGCAAAACUGCAUUAAUAAAACCUACAGGAGUUUAUGUAUGGGCUCAAGGCACAACACUCAAGGAUGAUUUUUAAAAAGGGUUUUAUACACUAAAUGAAGAAACAAAUAUUGGGUUGGCCAAAAUGUUAUUUUGUAAGAUGGCUAGUAGUGCUUAGUCAUCUCAACUUCAUUUUAAACAAUUUUAUUAGACUUGUGACAGCUGUUGUAUCAGUGUGCAUUUUUUAAAAAACUUACCAAAUUGGUGAAUUUUUAUGUGGCCAUUUUAAUAUUGAAGAUGGAAAAAAUAAGCAACAUUUUCAGCAUAUUAUGCUUUAUUAUUUCAAGGUAAAAAUGCAACUGGAAGGCAAAAAUAUUUGUGCAGGUUAUGGAGAAGAUGCUGUGUCUGAUUGAACGUGUCAGAAAUGACCUGUAAAGUUUCAUGCUGGAGAUUUCUCACUGGAUGCUGCUCCAAGGUCAGGGAGACCAGUUGCAGUUGAUAGUGAUCAAAUCGAGAUUAACUGAUUACAAUCAACAUUAUACCACAUAGGAGAUAGCUGACAUACUCAAAAUAUCCAAAUCAAUAAAGCUACUGGUGAAAAUGAAAAAA